GGUGCAACAUUUCUGCUGCUCUCGACAAAAAUUGAUCUGCCAAAAACAAUGGUUUCUGAAGCAACUUCCGAAAACAAGUUCACCCCAGUCUGUGUGACGGUGAGCCACCCCGUCUCGAUCGACAACCAAAACUCGCUGGCCAAAGCCACGUGGCACUACUGGUCGGCCACCUACUAUCGGGAGCUUCCUAUCGGCGAGGAUGCCUUCGUCCGGAUGUGGAAGACGCUCAUUCUGCGUCAUCUGCAGGAUGUCAUCCAGCCCUCUUCUCCUCGCACAGUGGAACAGCUGGUCCCGAUUUACGGCACCAUGGCCAUUCCCACGCCGCUAGCGGACCUGCUGAACGCGCUCGGAGUGUACGAAGAUCGUGUCACUGGCAUCCGUCACUGCGUGGUGCCGCCAACUCCACCGGUGAAACUUUCCCCCGACAGCUGGUGGAAACUCGAUGGCCAGAUCGUGCGGGACUGGGUCCUGACUAACACGGCGAUGCAGCAGUUUUCACUGGGGUUGGUUCAGCUGCACGAGUUUGACCAGGGCCAAGCCAAAUUCAUCGACCGUCCACUGAUGCUGACCACAAGACAGUGCGAUGAUGAGGUGGGAACGGUUACGAUCAAAGCGAGAGCCGCUGGACCACGGCCGGAAGAUGCGCUGGUUCGUGCCAACAAUGACGAACUGUUCGAGAAUUCCUAUCCGGUGGGGGAGUGCGGCAUUGUGAUGUGCUCGGUCAACGCACCGUGCACCAGGGCCACGUCCAUUAGACGGGUUUAAGAAGAGGUUAUGUGAGAAGGACUUCUGCAAAAAUUCGUAGAGUAUUAUACA